AUGGGGAAUUGGUGUGGUUUGGGGCUCCAUCUCAUUUUCUUAUGCGUUUUUUUGGUUGCAAACACAUAUACUUGUCUGGGCGUUCGAAAUACCAGUGUCAUUAAUUGCUCUCAACAAGAGCGACUUGCUCUUCUCAAGUUCAAAAACAGUGUCAGAGAUCGUGCUGGAAUGUUGUCAUCAUGGGUUGGAAAUGACUGUUGCCUGUGGCGGGGAAUCCAGUGUGAUGGUGUCUCUGGAAAUAUUCAACGCCUUGAUCUCAAAGGAGAUUACCCCUACAUCUACAGCUACUACUACGACUACUACUUAGCUGGUAAUAGUGCGAGCUCUUCUUUGGCAGAGUUGAGGCAUCUCAAAUACCUCGACUUGAGUGGGAAUAAUUUCCAUGGUAUUAUUCCUGAGUUCAUUGGAUCCUUGAAACAGCUGACCUACCUCAAUCUCUCUCAUGCUUCUUUUAAUGGUAUUAUUCCUCCUCACAUUGGAAAUCUUUCUAAUUUAAAGGUUCUUGACCUCAGUUCAAACAGAGGGUUGAUAGCAGAUGACAUGGCAUGGGCUUUUGGGCUUUCAUCGCUCGAGCUUCUAGACUUGAGUUUAGUAGUAUUUACUGAAGCACAAGACUGGGGCAUGGUGCUUCACAUGAUGCCCUCGUUAAUAAAGUUAAGUUUGUCAUGGUGUGGACUUUCCAAUGCUGAUCUUGGUCCUUUUCUUAAUUCCAGUAGAAUACUUCCCAACAUCCAACACCUUGAUCUUGGCUACAAUUCUUUCAAAGCUCCAUUUCCUGCAUUUUUUCAAAAUAUGACAUCCCUAGCAUUCCUAGAUCUUUCAUACUUUAAUCUUAGUUCGGGAUCGAACUUUGCAAAAUUGCUAAACAUGAUCCCUUCUUUAUCAGAGCUGCAUUUGUCUGAUUGUAGCCUCGAUAUGACACAUCUAUCAUCCCACCGUCUUAAUUUCAGUACAUUUUUUAAUAUCCAACACCUCGAUCUUAGCAACAAUCCACUUGAAGGCGAUUUUCCCUCUUUUUUGGCAAACAUGACUUCCCUAAGAGUACUUGACCUUUCAGAAACCAUGCUGAAUUCAUCACUUCCUAUUAUGCCUAAACUUACGGGGCUUGAUCUUUCUCGUAACAAGUUUAUGCAGGUUGAGGAUGUUGGAAUCUGGAGACAGUGCCACCUGAAAUAA